ACGCCGGUACACAAAUGAUUAAUCCUUUAAUCGAUACCCAAUCAAACAACCAGGUAUGUCAAUUAGUUGCUUUUUUUGCCCCGAUUGUCAAUUAGACACAUUCAGCUGUGGGCGUAUGCAGCGAUCAUCUCCACGCAGGGGCGAAUUGCCAAUAUAGUUCCUGCCUUCGCAGCGUUCUGACUCAGUUUUACAUACAGAGUGUUUGUUUGCGGAGUGGUACAGGCAUAGGCACGAUGGUGGCGAUUUAUUUCGUUUGCGUUCUGAUAACCGCAGAUAUUGUUGCUGGCUCGGACUGGAGAUAUCAGGAUGAAGGGCAUUGGGCUGCAUUGUGCCAGACUGGAUCAAAGCAGAGUCCCAUACCUCUAUCGAAAUCGAUAGCGGAAGAAGCUGAUUUUUCUCCAUACAGUUUAUUUGGUUACGGAAGGGAAACAGCUAUUUUGGUAAAAAAUAACGGUCAUUCAGCGGAAGUUCGGCUGAAAGUACGUGAUCCAAUACCAGAAAUAAGUGGAGGGGGGCUGCCAAAUGUUUUUCAGUUGGACCAUCUUCAUUUUCAUUGGCAAUCCGAACAUACUAUCGAUCGCUACAGAUUUCCUUUGGAAUUGCAUCUUGUUCACUAUGACAAAAAGUGGGCUAAUUUACAAGAAGGCUUAAAGCAUCCUGGUGGGGUAGCUGUGUUUGCUGUUUUAUUUGAUUUAUCGCCAGACAGCGAUCAAGACUUGGAUCCUCUUCUAAAUAAAAUAACAUCAUUGGUGACUAAGUUAAACGAACCAGAUGAAAUCGAUGGAUUUGUAAUCAAGAACUACUUACCCAGAGACUUGGCAGGUUAUUACAGAUAUGAUGGUUCCCUGACAACUCCAAAUUGCACUGAAGGCAUCAUCUGGACUGUGCUUACCAAUACCAUUCCUAUUUCAAAAGAACAGGUGAAAGUAUUUGAAAACAUGCGCACCGAUGACGAUUCAGUUCUAAAAGAAACCUUCCGGUCCCUCCAAGAGAUAAAUGAUAGGAAAGUGCUGCACAAAGUAAGUCCAGUGAGGAACAUGCCAGAUAGUGCAGUAACUACAAGCAUAUCAGCAGUUACGUUAUUAUUAGGUUCUUUGUGUAUAUAUUCAAACCAUUAAUAUUUAUAUUAUUCAUAUUGAAUACAAUUUAAAGGUACAUGAAAUUAACAUCUGUAGGAACAUUAACAUCUAUACUCGUAGGAACUAAAUUUUUAUCUUUAGACAUUCGAUUCUACCCUAAUAGAUUUCUGCUCUAUUUUUUCUAUCGAACAGUAACUGUUCGACCUGACCAAAAAAAGGUACUGGUUCGAAGAUUACCCUCCUAUUGUUUAUAACUUCGAAGCAAAAAUGCCGGUCAACUUUGACAGGUUGUAUCUCCGAACCACUCCUCACAAUUAAACUUUUUUUGCUUUAAAAAAAAGCGUACUUCUGCGUCCUUUCCAACACCGUUUCUUUAAUUAAUUUAAUUUAAUUCUAUAGUUGCCGAGAUAUUCUUUUUGUUUAUAAGCCAAAAAUUUGUUUAAAAAUUCCUGAAGGUGCUCAAAUAGUCCAAUUUCAAUUCCGUAAAGUUCGUUAGAUAGGUACCUACCUACCUACAGUUGAGUCCGCGAAUCUUUACCCGUGCGUCAUCAUUUAAAGCAUACGAAAUAAGUCGAUGAUACGUCGGAAAUUGAAAUUUACUAAACGCAACAGCAAGUGACAGUAAGUGACUUGCUGUUGCGUUUAGUAAAUUUCAAUUUCCGACUUAUCAUCAAGUUAUUUCGUAUGCUUUAAAUGAUGACGCACGGGUAAAGAUUCGCGGACUCAACUGUAGGUAUAGUGCCUUUCUAUACGAAAAUCAUAGUUAUUGUGGUGUAUGAUAAUAAUUCUGGUUAUUAUUGCGCCUAUAAAUUUUUAAUUAAAAAUUUAAUUCUUGCUAAACUAUUUGCUAGAUUGUCGCCGGCUUCCGGAAAUAUAAUCUACUACAAAAAAGCUUUUUAUGUUACCAAGCUAUUUAAUUAUCGAUAAAUAAUUACUUUCCUAAAAUUUUAUUUAAAAAUUGAAGAUUUUGUUGCGAAAACCCGGAUUUUCCGAGGAAUAUUUUCGUCAACGGAAAUCGGAAAAAAAUAUCUCUCUGCAAAAUUAAAUUACGGUGAAUUUUUAUUGGAGUGUUUUUGAUGUAAAGUUAAAAUAUUUGGAGUUACAGAGCAAUAAUUAAAAAAAAAGAAGAUUUCGGAGCGGUAAUUUGUUUAUAAACAAAAUAGCACACUUUCUGCGAACUUUGCCUACCGAUAUUACUAAUAUAUGCAACCUUAAGAUUCGAUUCCAGCAAUAAAAUUGCUGGUAUAUAACUUCUCCCAAAAAUGGCCUAUUUUCCGACAAUCUUCCCGGACUAUUAGGUUUGUUUUCGAUUGCUCUAUAGAUGUCUCUUAUCUGAAAAGUUAUAUAUUUAUUUGAUAUUAUGUUGUUUUGAGUACGUUAUUUUUUUAAUAUUUAAUGAAUGUGAUGUAUCAUUUAGUCCACUAUUUUAUUUUAAAUUCUUUUGAAUAUUAUGUAUAGAACUAUUUAUUUAUUUUUAUUUUUUCUUUUUCUUUAUGCUUGUCCUGCUACUAUCAUAGACCUGAAUCCCCCGUAUGAAAAAAAAGUUGAUUAAUAGCAAGCUGAAAAUUUGUUAAUAGCUUAACGGUGUCUAGUCGGACAAACUUUGAUAUACGGGAACACUUGGAACAGGGGAAGUUUUAAUUGUGGAACAAGUUAAUAAUUUGGAACGUCAGAUUACGAAAACGUACCAUGUAUUUUGUCGGACAGAAGAUCCAAUUUAUUACCCUUUCAAUAAACUCUUACGCAAAAAUCAGACUGCUAUUACUAACCAACAUGAUUCCUGUCAUUUGACAUGUUCUGUGUCUUCCACUCAUUAAAAUGCCCAGUUGGUGAUAAACACCAAUCUGAUUUUUGCAUGAGAGUUUAAUGAAAUGGUAACAAAUCAAUUGGAAGUUCUGUCCGACAAAAUACAUGGAACCUUUUCGUAGGCUGACGUUCCAAAUUUUUAACCUGUUCCACAAUUAAAACUUCCCCUGUUACAGUGUUCCCAUACAUCAAAGUUUGUCCGACUAGACAUCGUUAAGCUAUUAACAAAUUUUCAGCUUGCUAUUAAUCAACUUUUUUUCAUACGCCGGAUCCAGGACUAUCAGUUUUUACAUUGUAUAUUUUCGUUUUAACAUAAUUUUUAUGUUGCAUCUUCAUUUCUUGCAUUUUUUUAUUAAAAUAUUUGUAUAUAUUUAUUAUGAUAGUUGUAUAUAAUUUUUAUGUAACAUAAAGUAGACACUGUAUGUACUGUUUAGUUUUGUACCGAAUUUCUUGUUCUCUUGUACAUAAUAAAAGUUAAUAUAAACUGGAUUAACUCAA